AUGACUCCAGUUAUUGAGCACUCGCUAGUGAUGAUGACCCCAGUUAUUGAGCACUCGCUAGUGAUGAUGACUCAAGUUAUUGAGUACUCGCUAGUGAUGAUGAUCCCAGUUAUUGAGUACUCGCUAGUGAUGAUGACUCAAGUUAUUGAGUACUCGCUAGUGAUGAUGACUCCAGUUAUUGAGCACUCGCUAGUGAUGAUGACCCCAGUUAUUGAGCACUCGCUAGUGAUGAUGACCCCAGUUAUUGAGCACUCGCUAGUGAUGAUGACCACAGUUAUUGAGCACUCGCUAGUGAUGAUGACUCCAGUUAUUGAGUACUCGCUAGUGAUGAUGACUCCAGUUAGUGAGUACUCGCUAGUGAUGAUGACUCAAGUUAUUGAGUACUCGCUAGUGAUGAUGACCCCAGUUAUUGAGUACUCGCUUGUGAUGAUGAUCCCAGUUAUUGAACACUCGCUAGUGAUGAUGAGCCCAGUUAUUAAGCACUCGCUAGUGAUGAUGAUCCCAGUUACUGAGUACUCGCUAGUGAUGAUGACCCCAGUUAUUGAACACGCGCUAGUGAUGAUGACCCCAGUUAUUAAGCACUCGCUAGUGAUGAUGAUCCCAGUUAUUGAUUAUUCGCUAGUGAUGAUGACCCCAGUUAUUGAGCAGGCGCUAGUGAUGAUGACCCCAGUUAUUGAGCAGGCGCUAGUGAUGAUGACCCCAGUUAUUGAGUACUCGCUAGUGAUGAUGACCCAAGUUAUUGAGCAGGCGCUAGUGAUGAUGACCCCAGUUAUUGAGCAGGCGCUAGUGAUGAUGACCCCCAGUUAUUAA